CUCGUGCAUUCGAUUCAUUUAAAAGAAUUGCGCUUGUUUAAAAAAAAAAAGAACCGAUUCAUUGGCGGUUUCUUCAAACCUACUGAGACUGAUGAGAAUUAGCCAAACUUCAGGAUGUGUGACGUGGACUCGGUGAAGAAGAUGCUACGUGCCGUGCUGCAGAGCAGUAAAGGCGGCGUGGCGUUGUGUCGUGUGCAGUCCGAUUACCGCGCCCUGACCGGAGACUUCAUCCCUAACGCUCAACUGGGCUACAGGAACCUGGAGAACUUCCUCAGGAGCAUUCCUGACGUGGUACAGCUCCGACAGUCCCACAGCGGAGAGGUGAUGUGCUUCGCGGCCGUGUGUAAGGAAACGGCCCACAUCGCUCAGCUGGUCUCUCGGCAGAGGGACUCGAAGAAGAACUCUGGCUGGUCUCAGCUGCUGAACUGUCACAUGAGGACAAAAUCAUCCUCACUGUUCACACACAGCGCCAAUCCUCGCUCGUCCCUGAGGCAGCCUGGUCACCUGACCUCAAACAGCAGCUUCCUGAAAUCUUCAGUAUUACCUGUCGGACCUCAAGGUGACCAGCGACCGGUCUGUAAGCCGAGAAUCCAACAGGACGUGACCACUCGCUCGUCCAGCAAGAACCAAAACACAGAGGGUGACGUGGAGCUGUUACAGAGUCGUGUGAAGCAGCUCCUGCAGAAGUACAGCAGCGGUGUGUGGCUCUCCAAACUGCCUCAGCUUUACAGCACCAUGUUCCACCAGGAGCUUCCCUCACACGUACACACACUGCUGGAGACCUGGACGCACGUCUGCAUUGUGGAGAAGCCUGGUGUUGGGAGUGUAUCAGGGCACCUGGUUUACCCUGCUAAAACCCCGUCUCCGAAGCUCCACACGCCUCCUUCUACCCCACAGAAAUCUUUCCAAAUCGCCCCACAAUCCCCAACUUCUACCUCUCUGAUGCCCCUGAGGUCACUCACACCUGAGUCCUUGCCCCGCCCCUUGCCCACCCCUCCAUCUACGCCCCCUACCCCGGUCUUUCAGGACGUGAAAGAUAAAGUGCGGGAGCUCCUGAAUAAAUACACUCAUGGCUUGUGGUCUCACGCUCUGCCCCGCCUCUUUCAGGAGGUCUUCAGGUGUGAGUUCCCACAGUCGCUCCUGGACGACCUCUCUCCUCUGGCAGACACGUGUGCGAUCGAAUAUCCGAUGCCACAAAAUCGCAACAAGGCCAUCUUAUACACCCUGCCCACCCUGAGCCUGCCUUCUAAGCCCCGCCCACAGCCCAGAUCACGCGUCAUCGACUACUACGGCAACCCGAAGGUGCCACAUCUUACCCUGCCUGAGGAGGAGUUCUCAUCCGUGCUGGUGAUGGAGGCCAACGGCACAGAUGACGUCGUGUUUAGGUUCGUGGGAAAAAAAUAUUCUCAUGCUGCGGAGAAGAUGGAGGACGCCAUGUUGGAGUUUUAUCAUGGUGAAGGGGCGGGCCUUUUUCUGGCCACGCCCACACUCGGUCAGCUGGUGGCUGUUGCCCUGGAUUACAAGACCGUCCUCAGAGCUCAGGUGCACCAGAUCUCGGAGAAUGACGUGAAGGUGUACUGUGUGGAUCACGAUUUCUCAGAGGUGGUGACCAGUAAGCAGUUGCUGCAGCUUACCAAACAGUUCCUCACACUACCAUUCCAGGCCACUAGUGGCCAGCUUGCAGGUCUGGAGCAUUUUAGUGAGGACCUGGUGGUGCUGAAGACUCUGAAGACGUUAGCCUGUGGGCGGACGCUCUUAGCCGAGCUGGUGGAGCGAGAGACUUCACUCCUCAUGGUGUUGUACGACACGUCAGGCGAAAAGGACGUGAACGUGAACGCUGCGUGUCUCGCCGCGCUGCAGGACAGGAGCAUGCAGAACCCGUUACAGGUCGACAGCUCGUACUCCCACGUGUGUGUGACCAACGUGGCAUCCGACGGCAGCGUAUUCUGCCAGCUUCCGUCCCGAGGCCUGUCCAAGCUCCGAGGAGUCAUGGACAAGAUCGAGGCCUACUUCCUGUCUCAGGCCUCAUGGGAGCUCUUGGUGUCUGAGCCGUUUUGUGGUAAAGUGUGUUUGGCACAACACAAAGGGAAAUGGGCUCGAGUUGAGAUCACUAACCUGCAUGGCAGCCGUGUUCUGGAUGUAGAGUUUAUGGAUUUGGGAUUUCCUGCUUCUCUGGAGCUCAGUGAGUUGAGGGAGAUUCCUGCAGUGUUCAUGAGAGAGCUCCUCACCAUACCAACACAGGCUAUAAAGUGUCGUUUAGCUGAAGUGGAGCAUAAUGGAGAUGUUUGGCCUCCUGAUGUUGUUCUGUGGCUCAGAGAGACUCUGCUCAACACUGCAGAGUGCACAAUGAAGAUAUCCUGUCUGGACUCAGCAGGUCAGGUGCAGGUUUACCUUUUCCUCGGCUCUGACGCUCUCGAUCCGAGCUCCAGCAUUAAUCUCCAGCUCCCAUUCUCCUCCUCGUCCUCGGUUUGCCACCCCGUCUCUACGGUUCAGGCCCCUCCACCGCCCCAGCGUUCAGGCCCUGUUACCCCGGUCAUGCCUCCAGCGCUGGAGCUGCCCCAGGAGGGGCAGACCCUGGACGUGUUCGUGUCGGUGGCGUGUCACCCCGAUCACUUCGUCCUGCAGCCCUGGCGGGAGCUGUACAAGCUGGUGGUGCUGAUGGGGGAGAUGAUCCUCUACUACAACCGGCAGGAGGCCACGCUUAUCACCCCCGAGAAGAACAGCAUCUACGCCGCCAAGAUCGACAGCAAUUGGCAUCGUGUCCUGGUGAAGGGGGUUCUGCAGAACUCUCUGGUCUCCGUCUACCAGCUUGAUUACGGGAGACACGAGCUAGUGUCCACCUCUCAGCUCCGCCCCCUCAUUCACGAAUUUAGGCAGCUGCCUUUCCAGGGAGUCCCCGCCCAACUCGCAGGAGUGCGACGUGGUAACUGGAGUGAGGAAGCCGCUAUCGUGUUCCGCAACCACGUGGAGCGCCGGCCACUGGUGGCGCUCGUCCACUCCAUCCAGCAGGGGGCGCAGCCAUGGGAAAAGAAAAUGUCCGUCUACCUGGUGGACACGUCUCAAGAACAGCAAGACGACUGGAUCCACACCACCAUGGCCGAGUUCAGGAACGAAACCAACAGCGAGGCUUAACUUUAGUCUGCGUUCUUUAGGCUGUGUUCCAAUCCACUCUAGUUGUGUUCCAAUCCACUCUAGUUGUGUUCCAAUCCACUCUAGUUGUGUUCCAAAAGUAUGACUAUACAGUAUAUUGAAAUGUAUGUUUUAGGGCUGCGUGUCAAAUCCCAUUCUAAUGAUCAAUAGUGAAUAAAUAAAGAAAUAAAUAUCCGUUACUUUGAAAAGCUCCACAUCACGUUUGAGACACAGCCUCUCGAAAACCUGGAAAUCUCUCUCUCUCUCUCUCUCUCUCUCUCUCUCUCUCUGUUUGCAGUGAAGUUUUUUUGUGGUGAUUUGUGUGUUUGAUUUGUUUAUUUGAUGCACUACUGAUAUUUCCUUUUAUUCUGCACUUGCUGAUGUUUUGUGUGUGUGAGAGAGAACAAGGAAAAAAAAAAUGUG